AUGGCCCCCGACAUGUCGCUCGACCGCAUCCUGCAGGAGAUUACCACCGCAACUAAUCUCAAUACCUUGCAUCAAACAUUGAAAACUGGUCUUCCCAAGGAGUCGAGGGACACUAUUCUUUCAAGUCCGCUUGCGAGUGGUCAAGAUCCUUUGAACAUACUGGACCUCACGCAAAACACUCUCGGAGUACUCUAUAUCCUGUGCGUGCUCUUUCAAAUGACUUGGUCGAUUACUCAUCACGCUUUCAGGGCAGCUCGACUGAGCGUUACCAAUAUUGCGGUACAUCCCCAGGUCAUAACCACAUUUUGCGCCACAUUCCUACCUGAACAAGCCCGUCUCGCCCCAGAACGAGUGACGGCGUUGGCGAAGGGAAUCUAUCGAUAUGGGCUCUCCAAUGGCAGCACGUCGUGGGCUGUCCAGCCGCUGUUCAAUCUUCUCACCCGCUACCCACCCGACACAUCAUAUCUCACCACAAUCCAUCCUGUUUUCCUGCAAGCCUGCGUUGUCGCUAGCCAGCCUAGUGCUGCCCUCCCUAUUCUCGCCACUCCCAUUGCAAACGUCUCAACUCUCCUGUCCGACCUCACUUAUAACGACAACCUCGUCUAUCAUUAUCUCGGUGGCGUGGCCCUUGCAAUGCUGAAAAGAUGGGCGGACGCGGAGGAAUACUUUGAGAUUUGUGUGACUGCGCCAGGAUCAGCGCCCGCGGCACUCCAGCUUGAGGCACUAAAGAAGCUUCGACUUGUCCAACUCAUCUCGCGCGGAGAGACGACCUCGCUUCCCAAAUAUGCGCAUUCAAGCUUGCCUCGCAUGUUCAAAAACUCAGUUUACACCGAGCUCAUCAAUGCUUACCCGCAAAACAUCGAAAAGUUGCAUGGGCUCGUCGACAAGGAGAAGCCGCUGUUUUCUGCAGACAAAAAUUUAGGGCUGAUUCAACAGGCGAUCGAGCGUGCUCCUAGGUGGACGUUGCGGAAAUUGACAGCAACCUAUGUUGCUCUGGGUUUGGCGGACAUUGCUCGGUUGGUGGGGAUACCCAGCGAGGACGAUGUGAGAUCGUUGCUUUUGAGCAUGAUCGAAGCCGGCGAGAUCUUUGCCCAAAUUUCCGCUUCGGGCACUGUUACCUUCUCCGACCCGCCUCCACAGUUUUCGAGGGAAGAAGUCGACUCCGUGUUGCGUUCUGCACAAACCCAGAGUGCGUUGCUGGAGGGGCUGGAUAUGGAUAUGGCGCGGAGUCGCGAGUUUAUCACCAAGGCUGUCAAAGGCCAAGAUGGUGGCGGAAUGUGGCCUGGGCCAGAGGAGGACCUCUAUGCGAUGGCGGGGGCAAGCGGCCCAUGGGCGGAGGACUCCAUGUUCGCAUAG